AUGCCUCGGGCACCCCCUCCUGUAUCCAGCAGGUCUCCGCCAAUUCCCUCUGUCAAGAGCCACAUUGGAGGGCGAGAAGUCACUCCUUUGAACUACCCAAUGUACAUGGUUUUUCCCCACUUACUUAUACCAUCUCUUGGCUAGACUUGGAUUGCUUCUACUUUACCUUUCCUUGGGUAUUUCUGCGAGAUUGGAUUGUUCUAGCUUCACCGGUGUUGGUUUGAUUCUUCGUUCCAUGGCUAUUUAGAAGGAUUGCUUCAACAUGACCGCUCAUAUCCCUCGAACCUGGAUUUUUUUUGCUUUACCGUCCUCGGGCUAAGACUAUAACUUUUCUGUUUGACCCCGAUUGUUCACGCUUUCUAAUUCCUUGAUCAGUUGCUGACUGCUUUUCUUUUAGUGGCAUAAAGAAGAAGAAGAAGAAGAAGACGAAAUUGGCCAAAUCCAAACAGCGUUGGAAUAGACGAGAACGCGAAAAACUCAGAAAGGCUGCCAGUAGACACGAGAAGGAUCAUGAGGAUAAGCAGAUCAGACCCGGAUCCCAAGUAAUUAACAAUUCGACACCAACACAAUCCAAGGGUGAAGAGUCAACUGAAGAAGAAUCCGACGAAGAUGAUGAAGACGACGAUAAUGAAGACGAAAAAGAGAACGCCAAGCCUUCGCUCGGACUUACACCGAGUUCCUACGGCGGACGGUAA